CCAUGAUACAAUGGCCACAUAUAGGAGGUACAGAAAAGAGCACAGGAUGUUCUAAAAUCUUACAUGCUCUUUAUGGAACUUCACAAAAUCUUUCUCUGAGAUUCUGAAGGCAACAAUCUGAAAACCAAGUUUCAUCAUGGCAAUGCAGAGAAGUCUUCUGCUUCUUUUCAUUGUGUUCUCCAUGGGGAAUGCAGAAGUUAAUUUAGUUAAAAAAUGCCCCUAUGGAUGGACAAAUCUUGGAGUCCGAUGCUACAAGUUCUUCUCUCAGAUGGUCACCUGGAUCACAGCAGAGAAGAACUGCCAAAGUCUGGAUGCAAAUCUCGCAUCUGUACACAGUAAAAUAGAAAACGAUUUUCUGCUGAGUCUGUUGCCUUCUUCUUCCACACGUUGUUGGUUUGGUGCUCAUGAUGGUGAAGUAGAAGCACAGUGGUUGUGGACUGAUGGAACUCUGUUUGACUACACCCACUGGGCCCCUGGACAACCUGACAAUAAGGGAGAACCUAGAACGGAGAGUUGUGGGGAGUUGAACUAUGAAAAUAACGGUUGGAAUGAUGGAACCUGUUUAACCCCACAGGGAUAUGUUUGUGCUAAAUACCUGUAAGAUCACAUGCAGUCAUCCUGCUACACAGUUACUUUGAUUGUACUACAUUUACAUGCUCUGAUCUGAUCUUUACAAGUGUUAUUCUGAAAUUAAACUUUUCUUAAAUAUUUUCUCAACUUCUCUUCUAAUCUCUUCUCAAUACUGAAACACUCCUCAAAUCAAUAAAGGCAUUUAAAAACA